UUCAAGGGCUACUUUGAACUUGAUCAAAUCUGUAUAGUCUUGAAAAUUAAAGAUAUCAAGCAAGCUAGUCGUAUCUUUGCAGCCGUCUACUAAUUCAACUCUGUACUUUAACCAUUCAUGAAAGCUCCUACAAAACCAAAACGAAGUGCAUUGCAAGAAUGGAUUCAUUGGCAAUCCAUCACUGCUGCAAUAUUUUUGAUAAACGGAGGUCUUUAUUCUUUUGGUUUUCAAUAUGAAACCACUCGCAUAUUUGGUCUGCAACUUCCUUUCCUAUACAUCCCCUUUUCUAUCCCUGGGAUCGUAUCAGUCAUUGGCGGCGUACUGGUUCUUCUGAUUGAAUGCCACGUUUCCUUUUUUGCCCUGUUGGACUUUCAUAUAGCUAAAAUCUUACUUUUUAUGCCACUGGGUCUGUUUGCCUUGCUGCAAUUAACAUUGGUUCAGCCUGCAUGCUUGUUUGUUUUUAUCUCGCUCGAGUUGGCAUACAAUGCCAUCACCACCAUGGGUGUAUCAGAUGGCAAGCAUGAGGAACUUGGCACACGGGGGAAAACUGACAAUGGAACAAUGCUGCCUAGAUGAGCAGAUUAUAUUGGUUGGAUCUGCCGCUAAUAGUUGUGCACCAAAUCAUUCUCCUAUAUUAUGCGCCAAUGACUUGUGAUACUAUUUUGUUUGAUCCCUACUUCUGAUUCGUUCUUAUAAUGGACUUGAUAUCAGUGUUUUACCAUUUAAUAAAUACUGUUG